AUGAAGUCCUUGGUGCUGGCCACCCUUGCGAUCGGCCAAGCAUAUGCUGCCAGCCUCGGCCACAUUCACUCGGCCUUCCACAACCAUGCCCGCAAGCAUGAUCACGCUGAAGUCGAGAAACGUGCCACAGCCUUGACUGCCACGGAUGCCAGCAAACUCACCUCUUUGGGCGUUGCGAACCUGGGUGUCAACUCUGCCGUUGCCAACGGCCAUGCCUGGCUCGGCACUGACGGUCCUUACCUGAACGAAUUCGUCAACGAGUCCGGUGAAGAUCUGAUCCUUGUGGUCUGGGGCGUUGCCGGCUCCUGGAUCAACGCCGUUCAGCCAUCCAUCACCGCCUCCAUCCCGGCUGGAGAGUCGAUCAAGGUCUCAUUCGCCGAUGGUGCAUCGGGUGCUUGGACCGCCAUUUACUCGGACACCUCUCUCGUCAACGGCCAGGCUUCCAACACCUGGGGUGAAUUCACUUUCGGCCAAUACGGCGUGGUCGACGUUUCUCGCGAGGUCAACAUGAGCGGCCACUCGAUGAGCAUUGUCGGCCCUUCGUGCACCAGCGACAUGAACACCUGUGUCUUCAAGUGCAGCUCCGGCAACUCCUGCAUCACCGGUUACGAGCUGAUCAACUGCGAAAACGGUUCGCAAGUCGGAGCCAACUACGGCACUUACGACGGCGCGCCAUCUGGUGGAUGUGGUGGUAUGGGCUCCAGCGCCACUCUCAAGACCACCUUCUCUUAG